UCAACUGAGCACAGAACACAUGAAAUUCUCCUCUGUUUCAGAGGAAAAACCAGGGCUUCCGGCCCCACCUGCCUGGCCUCUCACGAUCCAGAAGAUGUUCCUGGAGGCCUGGCUAUGCUGGGCCUCACUCCUGCUCCUGGUCAGGCUCGCCCAGCCUUGCCCCGUGGGCUGUGACUGCUUCGGCAUGGAGAUAUUCUGCUCAGACGAGCAUCUGGUCGCUGUCCCCCAGGACAUCCCCUCAAACGUCACAGCCGUCGUCUUUGUGGAGACUGCCUUCACCACAGUGGGGACCAGGGCUUUCAGUGGUAGCCCCAACCUGACCAAGGUGGUCUUCCUCAACACUCAGGUCCAUCACCUGGAGCCCGAUGCCUUCGGGGGACUGGCCAGGCUGCGGGACCUGGAGAUCACAGGCAGCCCCUUCUCCAACCUCAGCGCCAACACUUUUUCUAACCUGAGCUCUCUGGGGAAGCUCACCCUGGACUUUGACAGGCUGGCGGCUCUGCCUGAGGACCUCUUUCACCACAUGGAUACCCUGGAGUCCCUCCAGCUUCAGGGAAACCAACUCCAGACCUUGCCCGGGGGACUGUUCCAGUCUCUGAGGUCUCUGAGAAGCCUUAGCCUGGCUCAGAACCGCCUGAGAGAGCUGCCUACCGGGCUGCUCCAGUCUCUUACCAGUCUGCAAAUACUGAAGCUGAGUGACAAUAUGCUAGCCGGACUCCCAGAGGGAGUGCUGGGCGGCCUGGGCAGCCUGCAGGAGCUCUUUCUGGACGGCAAUGGUAUCACAGAGCUGUCCCCACAGCUGUUCUCACAGCUGUUCAGCCUGGAGAACCUGUGGCUGCAGCACAACGCCAUCCGCCACCUGCCCACCUCCGUCUUCUCCUCCCUGCACAAUCUGACCUUGCUAAACCUGAAGGACAACGCCCUGAGGACUCUGCCCGAGGGUCUCUUUACCCACAACCCAGGCCUGCUCCACCUGUCCCUUUCCUACAACCAGCUGGAGACCAUCCCCGAGGGCAGCUUUGCCAGCCUGUCGAGUCUGGUUUCCCUCACGCUCUCACACAACGCCAUCGCCUCCCUUCCUGGGGAGGUUUUCAGGAACCUUGAGCAGUUGGUCAAACUCUCUCUGGACAGCAAUAACUUGACGGCCUUGCACCCAGCCCUCUUUCACAACCUGUCCAGGCUUGAACUCCUCAACUUGUCCAGGAACCAGCUGACCACGCUCCCCGGGGGCAUCUUUGACACCAACUAUGACCUCUUCAACCUGGCCUUGGUCGGCAACCCCUGGCAGUGUGACUGCCAUCUGUCCUACCUCACCGGCUGGCUCCGUCUCUACAGUGACCGGAUCUUCAACACCUAUACUUACUGUGCAGGCCCGGCAUAUCUCCAGGGCCAGUUGGUGCCAAACUUGAAGCAGGAGCAGCUGAUAUGCCCGGUCAACCCAGGCCACUCCAGCCUCAGGGCCCCGGGGCUGGGUGACAGGGGACCAGCGGGCAGUUGGGAUCUAGCCCUGGAGGGGAGGGCAGCCCACAGCCAGUGUGCCUAUAGCAACCCUGAGGGCACUGUGCUGCUCGCCUGUGAGGAGGGCCAGUGCCGCUGGCUGAGCAUUCAGCUGUCUUCCCGGGAGGGCUCAGCCUCCUCAGCAAUGGCCUUCAAUUCCAGUCAGGAGUGGGAGGUGAGGUCAAGCUGUGGCUCCCUCAGGGUCACUGUGUUUAUUGAGGCUGGGGCUGCUGGGCCUUAGGAGCAGCGGAUUCAGAAGCCUCAGGGCAGAGGGGACAGAAUGUCUGAAGCUAAUGUAAGAGGCGUGGCCACAGUUCCAGGGUAGAAAGGUGAGAGGUCAGCUUCACCUAGGAUUUCCUGGUCUUCCGUCACCGUCACGGUCACCAUCUUGGAGCCUCAGGCCUAACAAGUUCAUCCUCACACCUUCCAAGGUACCCAGGAGAACCACACCAUGGUCUAGCACAGUGGUUCUCGACCUUUCUAAUGCUGUGGCCCUGUAAUACAGUUCCUCAUGCUGUGCUGACCCCAACCAUACAAUUACUUCACUGCCACUUUUAUAACUGUAAUUUUGGUACUGUUUUGAAUGAUAAUCUAAGCAUUUUUUUUAAGAGAUAGAGGUUUGGCAAAGGGGUCCUGACCACUGGCCUGGAGAUUAUGCGACACCCCCAAGACUUCAGUGUUUUUCUGUCUUUAAGCCCCACCCUACUCCCUGCUCUGAGUUCUAGCCUUGAGGUGUGUUCACCUCUACUCUAAUUAUACAAAGGAGAGGCCGUGUCCCUUUGAUAGAUCAAAGAUCAAUAGUCAGUUCUGAUGUCUUGGCCCCAAUUUUGUCUUUAAUGGCUAGAGAGAGGAGAAGGGGGUGAGAGGA